CUAAUCGACACCUAUAUCAUGGCAGUCCGCACCUUUACCCAACCAUCGUCGCUUGACGGCACUCUGGUAUCUACGUCAGUCACCAUGUCGAGCUCAGAAGUCAACGGCUCCAUACGGUCCGAGGCAUCUGCAAGGGACAGCACUGCAUCGUUUCCGUCAGAAGCCAAAGAUCCUCUCGGCCACCACACCAACCCAAACUCAAGACCUGGCAUUACCUUUGCACAUCAGGACAAGCUUCCAAAACUACCCAUACCAGAGCUCGAGAGUUCUUGUAAGAAGUAUCUAGCUGCUCUAAAGCCCUUGCAGUCCCCAAAAGAGCACAACGACACUACGAUUGCCGUUCAGGACUUCCUUAAGGCGGAUGGCCCAGUGUUGCACGAGAAACUCAAAAAGUAUGCCAGUGGAAAAGCGAACUAUAUCGAACAAUUCUGGUAUGACUCGUAUUUAAACUUCGAGAAUCCUGUAGUACUCAACCUAAAUCCCUUUUUCCUUCUGGAAGAUGAUCCCACUCCAGCACGCAACAACCAAGUCACUCGUGCGGCCUCCUUGGUGGUUUCAGCACUGUCUUUUGUCCGAGCUGUCCGACGCGAGGAGCUCCCGCCUGACACUGUUCGAGGGCAGCCCCUUUGCAUGUAUCAGUACUCUCGGCUAUUCGGUACCGCGCGAAUCCCGACGGAGAAUGGCUGCCAGAUUGGACAAGAUCCAACUGCGAAGCACAUCGUUGUGCUUUGUCACGGCCAGUUCUAUUGGUUCGACGUCCUUGAUGACAAUUCCGAUUUAAUAAUGUCUGAGAAAGACAUAUCCCUGAACCUAUCGGUCAUCGUUGAAGAUGCUGCAAAACUCCCUAUCCGGGAAGCUGCAAAAGGAGCCCUGGGAGUCUUGAGUACGGAGAACCGCAAGGUCUGGUCCGGUCUAAGAGAUGUUCUACAUCGAGAGGAGGGCUCCAAUAACUCAGAUUGUUUGAACAUUGUCGAUUCCGCAUUAUUCAUCCUUUGUCUGGAUUAUACUGAACCACAGACUGGUGCCGACCUCUGUAUGAACAUGCUCUGUGGCUCUAGUAAAGUUGAGCAAGGAGUCCAAGUCGGUACUUGCACCAAUCGCUGGUACGAUAAGCUUCAAAUCAUUGUGUGCAAGAAUGGGAGCGCGGGAAUCAAUUUUGAACACACUGGUGUCGAUGGACAUACUGUCCUACGCUUCGCUUCCGAUGUGUACACCGACACUAUUCUUCGAUUCGCGCGGACAAUCAAUGGUAAUGCUCCUAGCCUUUGGGCAUCAUCUAGCCCGGAUCCGGCGAAGAGGGACCCAGAAAGUUUUGGGGAUGUUCAGACAACUCCGCACAAACUGGAAUGGGACAUGAUACCGGAACUCAGUACCGCCUUGAGAUUUGCAGAGACGCGAUUAGCCGACUUGAUCCAACAAAACGAAUUUGCGACACUAGAAUUCCCUACUUACGGUAAGAAUUUCAUGACAUCAAUGGGGUUUUCGCCGGACGCAUUUGUACAAAUGGCAUUCCAGGCCGCUUACUAUGGCCUCUACGGCCGGAUGGAGUGCGUCUAUGAACCAGCCAUGACCAAACUAUAUUAUCACGGGAGAACGGAAGCUAUUCGAUCUGUGUCGGAAGAGUCAGUGGACUUUGUCAAAACAUUCUGGGGAGGCAAUCCAGCCGCGGCAAAAAUUGAUGCCCUCCGGAAAGCGUGUCAGAAGCAUAGCAUGACGUCCAAAGAUUGUGGAAAGGCACAGGGACCCGACCGCCACAUGUAUGCUUUGUAUUGUAUUUGGCAACGAGCGAUUGACGAAGACGGUGCCGAGAUGGCCAGUAGCGAUGGAUGGGACUCUACUCGUGGUUCAAGUCCAGAAGCAAUCAGUUCAACUGUCGGAUCCCCCAAGAGGAAUUCAGUACUCUCUGAGAAUGACUCGAUCAGUAGUUCGCCACCAGUACCAACGCAACAUACGCUGCCUGCUCUCUUUGCCGAUGGUGGAUGGGACAAAAUCAAUAGUACAGUGCUUUCGACAUCAAACUGUGGCAAUCCUUCCCUCCGCCAAUUCGGUUUCGGUCCAACAUCUGGCGAUGGGUUUGGUAUUGGCUACAUAAUCAAAGAUGGUAGCAUAUCGAUUUGCGCGUCUUCCAAGCAUCGCCAAACAUCACGUUUCAUAGAUGCCUUGGAAUCUUAUUUCCUGGAGAUUCGUAAACUACUUCGCCAACUACGGCGUCGUGGCACAUCGGCUGACAAGACUGCCUCCCGGGCUCGCGAAGCCGAACAUCGACCCCAACAGCAUCGCUUGAAAUCCCGAGGGCGAAUUAUAGUUAAUGAUGGAAAGCCCGUUGCUCCUCAACAGGAGGAUAUCGUAGACGAGGACGACGACGGCCUCGGUGGAUAUGGCUUUUUCGAUGCAGGAAUGCUGCUCUCAGCUCUCAAGCAGAAGGAGACUGAAGACCCAAACGAAGAUCAGAGAGAUGUCAUUCGCAGGAACAUCGGAAGGAGACUGCAGUUAGCAGAGUAUUGA